UCUUUAAACUUAACCCGAUUUUUUUAAUAUUGUAAACAUUGUAAAUAUGGCUAGAAAAAGCUAUUUAAAUGCUAGUAAAAUGAUAAAAAUGUGUCGCGUAUGUUUUACACAAAGCAAUAGCAUAAUGUUUGAUUUAGCUGAUGACAUGGAUUUGGACGAUGCACACGAAAUUCCUAUUUUAGUUGCCUUGGAAAAGGUUGUCUCUGCAAAGAUAUUACUUAAUGAAGAAUUCCCUCAAUGUAUAUGUCCAAUGUGUAUAAGUAUUUUAAAAAUGUCAUAUAAGUUCGUAACGCAGUUUGAAACAACUCAGAAUAAAUUGAGUAUUCAAACAGGCAUUUAUCCCAUAUACAGACCACACUUCAGUCAAAGUCAGUUCCAGGAAGAUAUGAAUUUUGAAAACGAAAGAGAAGAUGAUGCACCUGUAGAAAUAAUUGUUGGUGAACAAAAGUUCAACUUAAAAGACCUUUUUAUUGUGGAAGAACCAGAGAAAGAACAAUGUAAUUUUAAAGGGUUUCUAAAGAAUCUAGGUCAAGAAGUUUCUGCCACUUUUGCAGACAAAUCAAAUAACAAAAUGGUUCUGCAAGAGCAAAAUGAAGACGCAGUGUCGAUAUACAUGUCAUUAAAUGAAAACAAUGUAUUACCCGUAAGGGAACUCAAAAUUGACGAUGAUACAAACACUAUAAAUUGUAUUAUUUUAGAAGAAAAUGAUCCAGUAGAUACUGAAGAAAACGAGAAUAUGAAAUUUAUUGAAAUUGAAACGUCAGAUAAAGAUAUAGAAUCCCUAAUAUUAAAAAUAGAGGACGAAAAUACCGAAAAGAACAAGGAAAAUGAAGAAACCAUCCCUAAACAAGAAAUUAAGAAGGCUACAAAGAGAAAAAAGAUUAUCAAGGAAAGAUUGUCCGGCGGAAUGAUAAUUAUGGAACCCCUUAAUAUGGAGAAGCAGGUGGAGCAAUCAAAAAUCGAGAGUGAGGAUGAUAUUUUUGAAAGAGAGAUACAGUUUCCUUGCGAACUCUGCAAGAAGAUAUAUCCUACCAAGAGAUCGUUACGAGCUCAUACUAAAAGAACCCAUUUUCCCAAAACUCGCCAAUACACUUGCGAAAUAUGUGGAUAUCAAAAUAACACCCGUUCAGGCUAUAUGCAUCACAAAGUCAAGCACAAAGGCAAGCAGUUCAUAUGCGAGAUCUGCAGCAAGACGUACUACACCCGCGCCGUCCUGAAGGUACACAUGGCCACGCACGUGAACAAGCGCCAGCACCUCUGCAACGUCUGCGGCAAAGGCUUCAACUACCCCAACGCGUUGGUCUACCACAUGCGGCUGCACACGGGCGAGAAGAAAUACAAAUGCGACUAUUGCGGCGAGAAAUUCCGCAUGCCCAACGCCCUGAAACGCCACGAACGCAUACACACCGGAGAAAGGCCUUACAAGUGUAGUUUCUGCGAGAGGGCGUUCUGUUCGAAGGGUGAGGUGCAAUGCCACGAAAAUAUCCACACAGGUUACAGGCCGUACCACUGCAAACACUGUUGGAAGGGGUUCACGAAGACGCACAACCUCAAGUUGCACCUGUUGUCGCACGAGGGACCCCAUAAAUGUGAUAUUUGCGGGAAGAGUUUUAUAGAAAUGGCCAUCUUGGCUAUGCACUUCAAAAUCGCUCACAAGGACUUGAUGGAGAGAGAAGAAGAGGAAGACGCGGAUGAAGUGAACUAGUUGAGAUUAUGUAGAAUGUUGACGAUUUAAAGAACUUUAUCGACGAAAAGGAAGAUA